GCAGUUUCCAAACCAGAUGUGAUCUACCAAUUGGAAAGAAAGAAUGAAUCUUGGAUGCUGGAGCCAGAUAUUCUAAGAAGUAGCUGUCCAGGGAGUAAAGAAUUUCCUGAAGAGAAACCUUAUGAAUGUAUUGUCUGUGGGAAGGCCUUCAGUAUUAAGACACAACUUACUGUGCAUCAGAGAAUUCACACUGGGAUGAUUCUUUAUGAAUGUAGUGAAUGUGGGAAGACCUUCUAUCGGAACUCAGAUUAUAUUAAACAUCAAAGAAUUCAUACUGGAGAGAAACGUUAUGAAUGUAGUAUAUGUGAGAAGGCCUACAGUAGCAAGUCAUAUCUUACUGUGCAUCAGAAAACUCAUGCAGAGACACCUUGUGAAUGUAGGGAGUGUGGGAAGACUUUCUAUGAAAAGUCAGCAUUUAUUCGACAUCAAAGAAUUCACACUGAAGAGAAACCUUAUAAAUGUAGUGAAUGUGGAAAAGCUUUCUGGAACAGGUCCCAGAUUAUUGAACACCAGAGCAUUCACACUGGAGUGAGACCUUAUGAAUGUGGUGAAUGUGGGAAGGCCUUCAGGACUAAGACAUAUUUUACUGAGCAUCAGAGAAUUCAUACUGGAGAGAAACCUUAUGCAUGUAAUGAAUGUGGGAAGCCUUUCAGGAGUAAGGCACAACUUAAUAUGCAUCAGAGAAUUCAUACUGGAGAGAAACCUUAUGGGUGUAAGGAAUGUGGGAAGGCUUUCCUGCGCAACUCAGAUCUUAGCCAACAUCUGAGAAUUCAUACUGGAGAGAAACCUUAUAGCUGUAGUAUGUGUGAGAAGGCCUUCAGGAUUAAGACACAGCUUACUCUGCACGAGAGAAUUCAUACUGGAAAGAUUUUUGUUGACUGUAAGGAGUGUGGCAAGGUCUUCCAUCGGAAUUCAGAUUAUAUUAAACAUCAGAGAAUUCAUACUGGGGAGAAACCUUAUGAAUGUAGGGAAUGCGGGAUGGCCUUCAGACUUAAAACACAGCUUUUUGUGCAUCAUAGUAUUCAUACUGGAGAGAAACCUUAUGAAUGUAAUACUUGUGGGAAGACCUUCACUAGCAAGUCAUCUCUUACCAUGCACCAGAGAAUUCAUACUGGAGAGAAACCUCAUCAAUGUAAGGAGUGUGGGAAGGCUUUUCACUGCAACUCAACACUUAUUCGCCAUCAAGUAAUUCACACCGAAGAGAAGCCUUAUGAAUGUGGGAAAUGUGGGAGGACUUUCAGGCUUAAGGCACAGCUUUCUAUUCAUUAUAUGAUUCAUACUGGAGAGAAACCUUAUGAAUGUAAUAUAUGUGGGAAGGCCUUCAGUAGCAAGUCAUAUCUUAUUGUGCAUCAGAAAAUUCAUACUGGAGAGACACUUUAUGAAUGUAAGGAGUGUGGGAAGACUUUCCACUACAAGGCGGCACUUAUUCGCCAUCAAGGAAUUCACACCGAAGAGAAGCCUUAUGAAUGUGGGGAAUGUGGGAAGGCUUUCAGGCUUAAGACACAGCUUUCUCUGCAUCAUAUUAUUCAUACUGGAGAGAAACCUUACAAAUGUAGUAUAUGUGGGAAGGCCUUCAAUAGGAAGUCAACUCUUAAUGCGCAUCAGAAAAUUCAUACUGGGAGAGACCCCUCAUGAAUGUAAGAAGUGUGGCCAGACUUUCCACUACAUCUUAGCACUCAUUUGUCAUCAAAGAAUUCACACUGAAGAGAACUGUACGUAGUGAAUGUGGGAAGGCCUUCAAGAGGAAUCAAUUCUUAAUAUGCAUCAGAGAAUUCAUACUGGGGAAAAGCCUUAUGAAUGUAGUCAAUGUGGGAUGGCUUUUAGGCUUAAGACAUUUCUGUGCAUCACAGUAUUCACACUACAGAGAAACCUUAAAAAUGCAAAUGUGGGAAGGUCCUCAGAAAGAAGUUCUGUUGCAGUGUCCAUCAGAGAAUGCAUCCUGGAGAGAUUCUUUAUGAAUGUAAGGAGUGUGGGAGAGCUUACUUCUACAACUUAAAGCUUAUGGUGUAUCAAAGAAGUUAUACUGGAGGGUAUAAAAGCUUUUACACUGAGGACAUUACUUUAUAUCCAUCACAGAAUUCAUGCUGGAGAGAUUCCUCGAAAUGUAAGAAUUGUGGGAAAGCCUCACAUCUCCUAAGGGUGAAAUCUAACAAGAAGGUAAACUGAGGCAAUUCUUAAGCUAUAGAACCUUUAUUAAAAAGGUCAUGCUGCCUGUCAAUUCAUGGGUCAGUGACUUGCCUCCAUUUAUACCAAAAACUAGAAGCAAAAGGAUACUUCCUCUUUUAUAAAUUUUGAGAAGUACAAAAUAGGGUAGGUGACAUCUUGGAAUUAAAAAUAACAUCUGAGGCAUAGGGAACAAUAGGAUUGAUUGGAAAGUUAGAAAUGGGAACUAGUAAUAACCCCACCUCCAUCUUCUCCCAACUGGCACUCUCAGGAGUGCAUAUUUUUCAAGCCCAGGUGCAAGAUAGUGGUACAGACACAAAACAAACCAUACAUCAUUGAAGUGUAGCUAGGUGGUAUGGAUAUGAUACCUGACUCCAAAGGUCAUUUAAUUCCUUGAGGCAAGAAUCACUUAGCAGGAGAGCUAGAUUUCUAAAUUUAACCUAUUAUGAGACCUCAGUAUUUGUAGGACAAAAGCAAUAAGUUGCAGAUGGGAUCAAUAAGAAAAUGAUGCAGGAUCAAUUAAAUCUUCUCAAUUUCCCUAUUGAUCAGAGAAAGAGAAAUCUCAUAGUUCACCUAUCUAUAAGCUAAUCUUAUGAGAUCUUUAAUAAUCAUUAUCAACAGUAGAAUACAUCAACACAAAUCUUUCAAGCAAAAGUGCAAAAUAGUCUUUAACAGUAAUUAGUAAUUGAGAAAGAAUAACAAAACUGAUUGAUCAUAUCAGAAGGAUUAUCUAAAGCCAUGGACUGAAUUUAAAAAGGAAAUUUACAUGUCACAAGGCAAUUCAGAAAACUAAGCAAAUAUAUAAAAAAAGCCAAAAUAAUAAUGAUUGACAUUAACUAAUGGUAAAUCUUCACAUAUCCCAGUGAUCUGCUCUUUUUUUUUUAAUUAAAAUUUUUUUUAAAGUUCCAAACUCUUUCCUCUCUUCUUCCCCACUUUGCACUAGAGAAGGCCAUUACACAUAUACACCCAUACAGAUAAGUGUGUUACAUAUAUGUUAAAAUCAUACUGUGCAUAUUUCUAUCAUUUCUUUCUCUGAAGGUAGAUAGCAUCUUUUUUCAUAGGUCCUUGGUAAUUGAUUUGGAUAUAAUAAUCAGAAAAGUUUUUUUUUUUUUUUAAUUCAAACAUUGUUACUAUGUCCAUUGUUCUCUGGGUCAAUCUCAUUUCAUUCUUUAUUCUUUUAUGAAGGCCUUCCAUAUUUUUCUAAAACCAACUUAAUCAUCAUUUCUUAAAGCACUGUAGCAUUCCAUCAUAGUAACUCAUUUUCAAUGUCCAUUUUAUUAGCUCAUUUUCUCUUGGGUCCCAGAUGUCCCAUAUAGCUGUCUGGUUCUGUGGAAAUAGCUUGUCUUGUACAUUCUGGAAAAAAGUCUUGGUCUCAGAAUAGUUCCAAAAAGGGCUUCUCUUCAGCUUGGUGGCUUCUCUGGUUCACAUCACUUGUAGAUUCUUAGACAGUCCUGCUAAAAUCUUUUAUAAAACAAAUCACAUAAACUUUGCUAAACCCUCCUAAUUUUUACUUCUCCCAUAACUUCUCAAAUCUUGUCUCUGAGAUAACAUUACAUUAAAAAUCCACAAUUCACUUGAGAUUUCAGAGAAUUUCAAUUCUUAAUUACCUCCUUGCAAUUUUUUCUUAAUUCUGCAACUAUAUAAACAUUGCCAUCAAGAUGCUGAACGAUCUUUUAAAAAAUGAGAAUCUGACUUGAAAAUAAAUCUUUCUGGUUAUAGAUUUGGUAUGAAAGGAAAAAGUAGGCAUAUGAUUAUAGCAGCAUCAAUAUUGGUACUCUUAAGUCACAGGGUCAUAUGAUUCAACACAUGUAUGCUUGGAUAAAAGCAUCUUUAGUUCCAUUUGCUUUCAAGUAAUAAUUUUAUGAGCAGCCUAAGUAUGUGACAGGGCCAGUCUCUGAAUUAAGAGGUAGGAAGUUCUUGUGUGGAAAACCUUAUCCUUCUCAAAGUCUGCUUUCCCCUGUCUUCCCCCAACCAUUGUCUCAGAGCCAGACAUCUAUUGGCCAUGAUAUCUCAUUCCCAAUUGAACUGUAAGCAUUUGACUGACUUCAAACAAUCAUACCUGAAAUCAAGAAAUAAUAUCAGAUUACAGUUCCUACAAGAUUUUACCAUACCUAACAAAUUUCAAAUUAAAUUUAGAAAUACAAUUAUUGACACAAUCCUAUAGGUUAGAAUCAAUUAGCUAAGCAAAUAAAAAUUUAUCAGGUCUUUUAAAAAAAUCAAAAGAUUUUAGUAUUACACUAUUUCCCAUUCUCAAAUACGGCCUAAAAUUCAUCUUGUACCUUUUUAAGCAAAAGUAAAUCAAGAGUGGAAUCUAUUAAGACUUAAGUUGGUAAAAAAAUCUAAUUUCAUUACAGAGUAUUCCAAGUAAAACUUCAUAAUUGCAACCUGAAAUCAUAAAAGAUCUACACCAUAAACACUUAAAAAAAAAUUUCCCUCUUAAUCAAGGAUUGUUUGUAGUGUUUAGGCUAGCUUUCUGGAAUUAAAGCAUGCAGGAGGCAGUAGAGCCACCAGGAAGAUGAUCAAAGAUAGAAUGUCCCAUUUCUAGUCCAAAUCAGCCCUUAAAUAUCUUGGUAUGAUUACAUCAUUACAGCACACUAUGUAUGUGUGAACUAGAGAACCAUUACAUCACCAUACUAAGUAUGUAUAUUAAAAAACCAUCAUCUCAUCAAUUCCACUGAAUUAACACUUUGUUGUAAGUAUCUUUGUUUCAAGUAUACUUCUCCAAAGUUCUGGCCUUCUAUAAGUAUUUGUAAUAAGAAAGGGUAAGGUUGCCUUCUAAAUAAACCAAUACACAAAUUAUUUCUUAGAGCUAAUAAUUAGAUUUUCCUAACCUUUUUGAAGAAAUUUGGAGGGCAAAUACAAGGAAAAUUUUACAGGAUCUUUCUCCCCCCUCCCCUUUUCUAAAAAUUAAGCAAUUAUUAGUCUAGUUUCUUAAAAUAUAUCCAAUUAAAACCAAUAGGUUUUUUGUUUGUUUGUUUGUUUUUUUUAAGGGAGAUUGGUCUAUAAUUUUCUUUCUCUGUUUUCAACCUAUCUGGUUUAGGUAUCAGUACCACUUCUGUGUCAUAAAAGGAAUUUGAUAGGACUCCUUCAAUCCCUAUUUUUUUCAAAUAGUUUAUAUAGCAUUGGAGUUAAUUGUUCUUUAAAUGUUUAGUAGAAUUCACAUGUAAAUCCAUCUGGUCCUGGGGAUUUUUUCUUAGGGAGUUGGUUAAUGGCUUGUUCUAUUUCUUUUUCUAAGAUGGGACUGUUUAACCAAUUUACUUCUUUCUCUGUUAAUCUGGGCAGACUAUAUUUUUGAAGGUAUUCUUCCAUUUCAUUUAAGUUCCCGAAUUUAUUGACAUAAAGUUGGGCAAAGUAACUCCUAAUUAUUGCUCUAAUUUACUCUUCAUUGGUGGCAAGUUCUCCAUUUUCAUUUUUAAGACUAACAAUUUGAGUUUCUUAUUUCCUUUUUUUAAUCAGAUUUACUAAAGGUUUGUCUGCUUUGUUGGUUUUUUCAUAGAACCAACUCUUAGUUUUAUUAAUUAAUUCAAUAGUUUUUUUACUUUCAAUUUUAUUGAUCUCUCCUUUUAAUUUUAGAAUUUCAAGUUUAGUGUUUGGCUGGGGGGGUUAAUUUGUUCCUUUUCUAGCAUUUUUAAUUGCAAGCCUAAUUCAUUGACCUCUUUCUCUAUUUUAUGCAAGUAGGCCUCGAGAGAUAUAAAAUUUCCCCUUAUCAUGGUCUGAAAAUGAUGCAAUUACUAUUUCUGCCUUUCUGCAUUUGAAUUUGAGGUUUUUAUGUCCUAAUAUAUGGUCAAUUUUUAUAUAGGUUCCAUGAACUGCUGAGAAGAAAUUGUACUCCUUUCUGUCUCCAUUUAGUUUUCUCCAAAGAUCUAUCAUAUCUAACUUUUCUAGUAUUCUAUUUACCUCUUUGACUUCUUUCUUAUUUAUUUUGUGGUUUGAUUUAUCUAAUUCUGAGAGUGCAAGGUUAAGAUCUCCCACUAUUAUAGUUUUGCUGUCUAUUUCUUCUUGCAGCUCUCUUAAUUUUCCUUUUAAGAACUUAGAUACUACACCACUUGGUACAUAUAUGUUUAAUAUCGAUAUUGAUUCAUUAUCUAUGCUACCCUUUAGCAAGAUAUAGUGCCCUUCCUUAUCUCUUUUAAUUAGCUUAAUUUUUGCUUUUGCUUGAUCUGAGAUCAGGACCUGCUUUUUUGACUUCACCUGAAGCAUAGUAGAUUCUGCUCCAACCUUUUAACUUUACUUUGUAUGCAUCUCCCAGCUUCAGGUGUGUUUCCUGUAAACAACAUAUUGUAGGAUUCUGGCUUUUAAUCCAGUCUGCUACCACUUCCUCUUUAUGGGGAAGUUUACCCCAUUCACAUUUAUGGUUAAAAUUACCAAUUCUGUAUUACUUGCCAUCAUAAAACAAUAAUAUUUUUAACAUAGCAAAAACCUUCCAAUAGCUUAAUUUAAAAAGUGUUAAUAUUCACAUCGAAAGAAAUUAAAAUCUCCAAUUUUAUAUGACUUUCCCAAUCUUAACCAGUUGUUCCUAUUCAGUUUUAACUGUUUCUUCUUGACCCAUAUACAGGUUUUUGAGGAGACAAUAUCAUCUGUUACUCCCAUCUUUUGGAGGUUUUGCUACAUUUUGUUGUGAUACAUAAUUUGUUAAACUCCCAAAUAUCUAAUUUUUCUAUUAAAAUUUAUUUACCUGAUUUAUUAUAAAACUUUUCUCUUUUCUAUAAAUCAGGAAAGAAUAUUUAAAAUAUGAGCUUCAGUCUUGUUUUUCCCUUCACUUUGAAAUGUCACAGUCUUUCUCUAAUUGGCAAAAUGACCUCAACUAUAAAACCAUAAAGUUGAAUUAUUUUCCAUCUAACUUUUCAAUUAUGGUUUCAGUUUCCUCAAAACAAAUUCUAAAUGUUCACCCAAAACUUAGGAUAUUUUAGCAUUUAUAAAAGCAUUCAAUACCACAAUUUGGAGAUUCAUAAUAGAAAGUUUACAUUUUAGCCACUGUUUCUAAUUAGUUUAUGAUGUCAUUAAUUUCUAAUGGCUGAGGGAAAUGAUUCCCUUGCUUAUCAGUCUUUCCUUGCAUUCCCAAAAGCUUCCUCUAAGUUCAGGAAUGUAAAGAAAGACUUAUUUUGAAGCCUUAAAGAAGAUAAACAGAUUAGAUCACGAGACACAGAAAGGUUUUUAUUUUCCUUCCAGGUUCCUUAUUCACAAUAUCACAAAAGCAAACAAUAAAAUGUCACUAGCACAAACAGGCACAAUUGUAAAUACAAAGAUACAAAUUUGUUGUAAAAGAUGUACAUGUAUAGGUCUACCUGCCAUCUAGGGGAGGGUGUGGGGGGAAGGAGAGGAAAAGUUGCAACAGAAGGUUUUGCAAGGGUCAGUGGUGAAAAAUUACCCAUGCAUAUAUCUUGUAAAUAAAAAGCUAUAAUAAAAAAAAGGAAAAAGAUAUUGUUGUAAAA